AAGCGUGUCGUUCUCCACCCACCUCGCGCAGAACGACAGGAGGGCGUGGGUGCCCAGCUAACUUCUCCCAGCACACCCAGCACCGAAACGGCCACCAAAACCGCUGAACAGGCGGACAGCACUCCACCAUCUUCGACACUGCAGGACAGCAGUACUUCUGCUCAGCCCGCCGAGCAUGUAGAACGUUCGGGAGCUCAGCUCCUAGACCACAUCGCCGGUUCUCAAGACGGCAUUCACCUGGAGGGCGCGUUACACAACAGAUACGCUGAAGACGUGUUUUUUGCGCCAAUUAUUCAGAACCCGCAUCAGUACAAGAAUUUUUACGUUUCUAACGGUCUGGUCUUCCUUAGGGAACGGGGACGCGAGCUUCUGUGCAUCCCUCGUGUCAUAGUCAACGGACGUAGCACUAGGGAAAUUGUAAUCUCUCAUGCUCACUCGCUGUUGGCGCAUCUAGGACCUAGGAAGACGGCCGAUCUCCUCCGCGACCACGUCUGGUGGAAGACU